AUGGCUUCAUCUCAGAGCAAAGAUUUGCCCUCUUCUUCCUACUUUUCUGCCUUUGCGGCAAACUACGUUCAGCAAACCGGAAGAAGCACACGCCGUGUUUUUGAAGAAUCGUUCGAUGAUAUCCAGGCAACCAAGCCUAUCAACAAAGAUGCCGUGGUCCAUGACAACGCGGCUGGCCCGGGGAUAGCUGCUUCGGUUAUUGUUGAAAAGCUCUCGGCCGAUGGCCUACCUCGGAUCCUAGUGACGGACAAUGUACCCCCUAUGGUUCAAGGGGCCAAGGAUUCUUUUACAUCAUGGUCCCAGGUUGAAUCAAAGAUCCUCGAUUCACUCAACCUAGAAGGGGUUUCUGAUGAAUAUUUUACGCACAGCAUCCUCAAUUUCAGUGUUUUCACUCUCGCCAAGCCCAUCCAAGGCCUGAAAGAGAUUCACCGUACACUCAAAUCCGAUGGUUUGGCCGCGAUCUCAUGCUGGAAGCGCUUCGGAGCUGGUCAACUUAUCCAUGCCGCCCAAGCCAUCGUACGACCAGACUUGCCGCCUCUGAAAAUGCCCCAUCCCGAAUUUCUCGAAGAGGGUGUGUUGGAAAAAACUACAGCUGAAGCUGGUUUUGAUUCUUCCAAGUUCAAGCUUUUGGAGAAGAGCGUUGUUGUCAGUGGAUCUGAACUGAAUGAUGGACUGAAGCUGUUUAUGCUGGGACCUUUGAUGGCACCUGCUCGAGCUGGGUUUACGGAGGAGGAUGAGAAGAAGUGGCCCGGGGCUGUUGAUGAGGUUAUUAAGAAGGAGGUUGAAACUUAUGGAGGCGUUCGAUUCGAUGCGUGGGUCCUUCUGGCUCAGAAGUAG